UUUUCUUUUUUUUUUUUUUUUUUUUUUUUUUUCCAUGUUGGGUUGAGAAGUGGAAGAGGAAAGCAAUUAUUGCACGCGGAAUCAGGGGCAUUAUUUUGGUGAUAUUUUCCUUUUAAAAAAAAAAAUUUCUGAGAUCGGGAAUCGGUUGCGUUUGGAAAGCGAGAAAAUUGGGGGGCGAAAAGAAUAAGGAAAAAAAGGAAAAUGGAGUCGACGGCGGGUGUGAGCAAUCAAGAUGGAAUGUACGGAAGGAUUGGGAGUUCUCCUUCUAGAAGAUUCGGAAUCCAAAUUCCCGAGCCGAGCUUCAUACGCGCUCCCCUGACGGCGCUGUUGGAGCACACCGGUAUUUUCGGAGGAGGCAAUACGCGGUCGUUCGCAGGCGAUCGGAUCGCGGCGCGUCUGUCCACGCGCCGCUCUCUUCAGGACGUGCGUGAAGGAGAAAACUACGCCGGCGAAGAGGACGACGACGACGCCGUCGCGACGGCGGAUGAAGAGGAAGAAGAGGAGGUUUCGAUUAGGAUCAUCGGCGCGACGGAGCAUCAGAGCGAGCAUGGAAAUGUCGUAGACGGAGCCAGUGUCGUCCAACGAAACGGCAAUGGCAAUGCGGGACCGAGUUCGGCGAGUGACGGCGGCGAGGGAAGCGUCGAGUCUGGAAAUGGAGGUGCGAGCAAUGGCAGGGAAUCUUCGUACCAGAGAUAUGAUAUUCAGAAUUUCGCUCGGUGGUUUGAGCAGAUUCUGCCUUUCACUUUGCUUCUUCUUCUCGUCUUCAUUCGACAACAUUACCAAGGUUUCUCAGUUGCAAUUUGGAUCGCUGCCGUGAUGUUCAAAUCGAACGAUAUCGUGCGAAAACAGACGGCUUUGAAGGGGGAGAGAAAAAUUCCUGUUCUGGUGGGAAUCAGUUCAGUUUUCAUACUUCAUGUGAUCUGCUUCUAUUGGUGGUAUAGAAAAGAGGACCUUCUAUAUCCACUGAUUCUAAUUCCUCCUAAAGCGGUACCUCCUUUCUGGCAUGCCAUAUUCAUCAUCAUGAUAAAUGAUAUUAUGGUGCGCCAGGCUGCAAUGGCUGUUAAAUGCAUGCUUUUGGUGUGUUACAAGGAUAUCAGAGGCCGUGAUUACCUUAAGCAGGGUCAAAUGCUUACUCUUGUUGAGUACCUUUUGUUGCUGUACCGUGCCUUGUUGCCUACCCCAGUCUGGUACCGGUUUUUUCUAAACAAGGAAUAUGGAAGCUUUUUUUCUUCCUUGACCACAGGGUUGUAUUUAACAUUCAAGCUUACUUCAGUUGUAGAGAAGGUUCAAUGCUUUUUUGUUGCAUUGAGAGCUCUAUCUCGUAAGGAAGUGCACUACGGGUCUUAUGCCACAUCUGAACAGGUAAACGCGGCGGGAGAUCUCUGCGCGAUUUGCCAGGAGAAGAUGCACGCUCCUAUACUCCUCAGUUGUAAACACAUAUUCUGCGAGGAUUGUGUGUCAGAAUGGUUUGAGAGGGAAAGAACUUGCCCAUUGUGUAGAGCCUUGGUUAAACCAGCAGAACCUCUUUGGCAAGAGAAAGAUGAGGUUGGAGCAAAUGCCAUCCACAGAGUUGCCGCAAAAUUUUCAUUGGCAGUCCGAAAAGUCUCGUGAUAGAAUUGGGAUGGUGAAACGAACGAAUCUUCCCUGUGAUUUUCUCAAAGCCAUUGUUGCUAGUUAGCCUGUUGGUGUAUAAUCUAAAUUCUUAAGAGUAUAGAGGUUUGUAUGUAUUUGUAUCCAAACCACAAAUGGUUAACCUGUCAAAUACGUAAAUCCAUGCAAUAUACUCGUAUAUAUAGAGACAAGAGCAAACAAAGGAAAAACCGUCCACUAAGUUUUAUAUCAACUGUAGAAAAAGAAAGCUUUAAUUUAUUGCUUUCAAGUUUCUUAAGACGAAUCUCACUGCGGCUGAAAUAACAUAG